CCAGCCACCGCAUCAUUGACCUUCGCCCCGAACCCCUGCUAACCAAACCACUCCUCAACGUGCAAGAAUCAAAGGAACCUAGUACUAUUAUGGCUUCCUCCAAAACCGAGCUCGACUAUCGCGUUACCGACAACGUCGGCUACGGCCUUGGUAGCGAAACCGCAGCCGCAUUUCGACUCAAUGGAAUAUUUCACUUCUGGAAAGAGCACCUCGGCUUCAACAUCCACCCGACCAUUCGGGAGUCCUUGCAGACCUCAAAUCCCCGCAUCGCUGAUGUAGCCACAGGCACAGCCAUCUGGCUCAUAGACUUGGCGAAGGAGCUUCCCGAUGCGACCCUCGACGGGCUCGACCUGACUCUCGACAUGGCGCCCCCGGUGGAGUGGCUGCCACCCAAUAUCACCCUGCGGCAGUGGAAUAUCUUUGAAGACCUGCCCGAAGAAUUGGUGGGACAGUUCGAUCUCGUACAUCUGCGACUACUUCUACCAGUUAUCCAGAAUGGCGAUCCCUCGUCAAUCAUUCAGAAGAUCACCCGCAUGCUAAAGCCCGGAGGAUGGAUCCAAUGGGAUGAUUUGAACAUCCGGGAGGCAAAGAUCUUCAAAGCCAGGCCCGAACUCAAGGUUGAAGCGUUGGAAUACCUCUCUCGGUUUUGGAAUACCGGCGAACGGCAGGAAUGGAUUGGUCGUCUUCCGCAGAGUUUUGAACAAGAGGGACUGAAAAGAACGAGCAUUGAUCGAUAUGAAAACUUGAAGCAAUAUCUCAAGGCCGACUGCGAGGGAUAUAUUGUGACUUGCGAAGAGACUGCGCGAACACUUGCCAGGAAGGGCAAGGUCGAUGAAGCGAAAGAAUUCUCUCAGAUCGUUCAUCAAGCAUCGCUGGAAGCUGCGGCUGGCGCUGCCGUGGUGGCUACUAGGGUCGUUUGUAUCGGGCAAAAGCCAGUGGAGCUGUGAACUAAAUGAUCACCUGGAGGGAGGUAGGCACAUAAUCUAAGAGUUGGGUGAAGAUGAUUUUGCUUGAGGAGUUGGAUGUUAAUACAUAGUGUGGCUUGCAGUCCAUGUGCUGGGACACUCCUUCCCCAUAGCAGCAAAAGGAGGACUUUAAGGGAGGAGUCAAAGUCUGCCUGAAGAUGAUAAAACUGCACUGAUGACAUUGUAAUGCCA